AUGAACAGAAAAAAGCAUCUUAUGAAAGUUGUACAAGUUGCCAACUAUUUUGGCUACUUAAACCCUCCGAAAAGAGAUAGACGGUACUGGAUCCAUCCAUUUAAUACAACACGAGAAGAAACUAGAAGAUUUUUGAAUUUCUAUGAAAAAAUUAGAUUAAAUUCUGAUAAAUUUUUUACAUAUUACCGUAUGUCGAUUGCUUCAUUUGAUGAACUUAUGAUGAAAAUUCGACCUUACAUCACCAAACAGGAAACGAAAUUUCGAAGUCCGAUAUGUGCUGAGGAAAGACUUACUUUGACAAUCAGGUAA